AGCCGACAUGACGAGUGAAGUUUCCGGCGCGGCCUCCAGGGCGGCGCUGGUGCUGGUGCUGCUGUCUGGCCUCGCGUGCUCAGCAAAAGGAUGCGAGUGGGGCGAGGAAGAGGAGCUCCGUCGGUUCAUCAGAGUGAGAGAAGACGCGCCUAUCGACCAUGUUCUGUUUAGCAUCACCGCCUCGCAGCCACACCUUCUGCAGCUCACCCCGCAGGACCAGGAGCCGGAUGGGGUAUUCCGCGUGGUGGUGGAGGGUGGCCAGGGGAAGGUGGUGGUGGCUGCUCCCCUCCAGUCCCUUACCUUCGGCCCCUCACCUGUGAUUAAGAUGUCGCUCACCUGUGGGAAUAAUACGGUGUCCGUGCCCGUGACCGUGUACGUGGACGAUGUCAACGACCACGCGCCCGUCUUCCUGGCCCAGAAUAUCACAGUCACCGUCGACGAGCUCACGCCAGUGGGGCUGACGGUCCUGCCGAGUAUAGCGACGAGCGACGCGGACCGGCCCAACACCGCCAACUCGGAGGUGGAGCUGGAGAUAGUCAGCGGCAACGAGGACGGCUUCUUCUCGUUGGCGGACCGGAAGCGCGGCGCCGUCACCCUCGCCAGGAACCUCGACUUCGAUGCCGGACCUAGGAGCUUUCGUUUGACGGUGGUGGCCAAGGACAUGGGCACCCCGGCACUCAGCUCCACCAGCACCGUCAGCGUCGUGGUGCUUGAUGCUGACGACCUACCCCCUCGCUUCACCCACGCCCGUUACUUCGCAAGGUUUCAUGAGCACCCCGGAGCCGACCCUGGUGUAAAGGUCCUGCAGGAGGUGGAGGUACAGCCGUCACCUCUUCGUGCCGUGGAUGGGGACGCUGGACAGAACACCUCCGUCAGGUACUCGCUGGUGGACACCCCGGCGGCGCGGCUCUUCUCCCUCGACCCGAUGUCUGGGCGCUUGUUCCUGACGUCUCAUCUGGACCGGGAGAACCUGGCGGACCCCUCCCUCACGCUGCAUGUCAGGGCGGAACAGGUGGACGACGCGAGGAAGGUGGGGUCGAGCGUGGUGGUCGUGGAGGUGGAGGACGUGAACGACAACCUGCCCCGCUUCACCCAGGACGUGUACUCCAUCUCCAUCAUGGAAAACCUGCCCGCCUCCUUCAGCGUCAUCCAGGUGUCCGCCCAAGACCCUGACCAGGGUGCAAAUGGAGCAUUUAAUUACCACUUAGUCGGGGGCGGCGGAUCCUUGUCCAUCAACCCGCGCACUGGCUGGCUGACGGUGGCGAACCAGAGCCUGUUGGACCGGGAGGCGUCACCUGUCAUAUACCUGAGGGUGUGCGCGGACCAGCUGGCGCCCAUGGCCACCCGUGAUGCCCGCGCCUACACGCCCCCGCCCACAGAGGAACCCACAACGCCGAUGAAAGAACUUGACAUAUUGAAGGAAGAAGUUACAGCAGAGACGACGACACCCGAAAUAAAGAUAAGAAAACCCGAAAUACGGACUAGAAGACCUGAGAUCCCAACGACGACAUCUGAAAUGCCAACGGAACGAAUCAGGAUACUAAUAAAAGAAGCCGAGAAUCCAGAGUUUGAUAUACCGACGGAAGAACAAGUGACUGCGACGGAAGCACCGGAGGCAACCACACUUACGGAGUUUCUUAGAGUGCCAGAGGAGACAACCACAGCCACUGCUUUUACGGACGUCAUAGGGCUGGUUGAGACGACCGAGACGACCGAGACGACCACGACUUCUUUGCCCGAGACUACAGUGGCGGAGGAACUAAACGAUAAGGAGCCCACGCUUGUCACGGCGCCGCUUUUGAGGGAAGUCGUGAAGCCCAGGGAUAGAGGAAGGACCAGCACCUCGACUGUAGCGCCAUCUAGGAGAAUGGCGCGAAGACAGAGGAUUCCGCUGCAGAGCUUCCGAAGACGUGUUACGAGGAGCACUGUGCGUCGUUCUCGUGGCGGCCAUGUCUCCCUGAUCAAGAGAGAGACUACUGGAGGAUUUCGGGAAGAUGGAAGACCUCGAAAAAGAAGAAGAGAGGACAAUGUGCGUGUGCUUCUCAGAGUGCAAAGAAUCGAUCCCACUGCAGCCAAUCCUUUGAGGGAACUUACCGAGGGUGUCGCCGCUGAACCUAACGGGAACGAAGCCUCACUACAAGGGAUUGAAGAUUCACCGCCAAGAUCUGAAGCUUUACGAGGGUUAUCACGACACACACCACCCACAGGCGCUUUCCAGUGGGGGGAGACGCGGCGCCGGGGACACAGAUCCACGAACGACACGCAGGAGGAGGACGCCGAGUCGUUGGUGCCGCAGUCGUGGUCGUGCGCCAAGGUCGAACUGAACCUGCUGGACGCCAACGACAACAACCCCGUGUUCCUGCCCGCCAACCAGUACGCCUUCACCAUCACCGAGAACGCCAAGAAGGGGGAUGUCAUAGGCUCGGUCACAGCAGAGGAUGCCGACGAGGGGAAGAACGGGCUGGUGAGGUACAGGAUACAGAGCCGCGGCAACACCACCACCAACAACCCAAGUAGUGAUACCAACGCCGUGGGGAGCGUGGCCGUGGGCGAGGCUGACGGCGCCCUCACCCUGCUGCAGAGCGUUCCCCCAGGGCAGCUGACGGUGUUGGUGGAGGCCUCGGACAGCCCCCUCAACCCCUCCGAGACAAGGACAUCGCUGGCGGUGGUGACGAUCAGCGUCAAGGCCACACACUCCUGGCAGCCGCGCUUCGAGGGGGCGCCCUUCGAGCUCUGGGUGGGGGGCGACGCUCCCGUGGGCACCAGCGUCGGCCAGGUGCGCGUGGUGGACCUGCCGGGGCCUGACCUGCUCUUCGAUAUGUUCCACGGCUACCAGGAAGGAGUGCCCUUUGCCAUCGAGGAGGAAUCGGGCAUCGUGAGCGUGGUUACUCCGCUGAGAAACUACUCGAGGUCUUUGUACGAGUUCGAGGCGGUGGUGACGGACGGGCGGGACUCCCUCGCCACCAACCUUACCAUCCACGUGGCUCCGACCCGCCGCCCAGCCAACAGGAGGGACACUAUCUUGUACUUCUCCAUACAGGAGAACCUGUCCGGCGGCGUGGUGGGCGACGUGGUGGCGGCCCUGCGGAACCUCAGCGUGCGGGUGCCUCCUGACCCACAGUUUGAACUUGUGAGUCCGGAGGCGCGGCAGUACUUCGCGCUGGCCCAGGACGCGACGCUGUACACGGUGGCGCCGCUGGACUACGAGGCGCACAGCAACCACACGCUGCUGGUGAUGAGCGCGCGGACCUCCGACAUCUACUACGUGCAGGUCCAGGUGGAGGACGUAAACGACAACGCCCCGCAGCUGAACGCCGUGAGUUACUUGGGCACGGUGCAGGAGAACGCGAGGCCCGGAACACCUGUCGCCCUCAGUCCAGCGGUCCAGGUGUUCGACAGAGACCAGUACCCAGGCUCCUCCUUCGUCCUGGAGUUGCUUGGAGACGCUUCCUCCCUCUUCUCCAUUGACUCCUCAAGCGGCAACAUCACCUUCGUCGGGAGGGACCUGGAUAGGGAGGUUACUAGCUCCUAUAACCUCCUGCUCGUGGCCCGAGACGACGGCAACCUCACGUCCACCGCCAACCUCACCAUCCACGUAGAGGACGUCAACGACAACCCUCCCAAGUUCAUGCAGAGGGAGCCGUUGUUCUCGGCCAAGGAACUCGACGACAGCAAGUCCAGGAAGCUGCCAGAUACUUCCGGACUCAAGCAUCUCGCAGACUUAGAAAGGUCGCUCAUCCGCGUCCCAGAGUCACUCCCAGUGGGCAGCCGCGUGACGCAGCUCUCAGCCACAGACGAGGACGAGAAAUCUUUUGCCGAUAUUCGUUACACCAUCGAGUCCGAAAAGUCGCUUCCCUUCCCGAACAGCGAUGAGCCGCAGAUCAUCAGAGAAACGAACAAGUUUUCAGUCGAGGCUAAGACAGGUGUCGUAAUUGUGGCCGCGAAGCUUGAACCAAACCACUUCUAUGUAGUGAAUGUGACAGCCACGGACGGGGGCGGCUUGUCAUCACACGCCGUGGCUGUCAUUGCCGUGUUCGACGUCAACGACCACACGCCACGCUUUGAGCGACCCGUGUACAACUUUGAGGUGGUGGAAGGAGAUUACUUGGUGGGUGAGGUGGGCAAGGUGGUGGCGUUUGAUCAGGACUUGGGCGAGAAUGGAGAAGUUCACUACCAGAUCAUCUUGCACCAGAAUGCCAGCCAAAACUUCGUGUUUCCCUUCAGACUGGGCGAGACCUCAGGGAUCAUCCUCACCACAGGCUCGGUUGACAGAGAGGAGCAGGACGCUUAUGAAUUCACAGUCGUGUCCUCGGACCGGGGUCAGCCACGACUUUCCUCCACGGUCACAGUUCGCAUCGAUAUCAUGGACGUCAACGACCACUACCCAGUGUUCUAUGGCUACCAGAAUAAGUCUUAUCCUCCCGACGAGUCCCCAGGGAACCAUUCAGACGUGACUUUCACCCCGAUAUACGAAGCCAGAGUGGCUGAGAAGGCAAAGAAGUUCACGAUGGUCACUCGGGUCUUCGCCAACGACUCGGACUCCAGCUCUUCAGGGAACGGCCUCGUCCUGUAUAAGCUUGAGGGCGGCGAGGACAAGUUUGCCAUCGACUCCAAGAACGGGAGUGUGUACACGGUGGGCCCGCUGGACUACGAGCGCUGGGCGGAGUACUCGCUUACGGUGGUGGCGCAGGACCUUGGCUCGCCGCCGCUCACCGCCUCAGCGCUCCUCAAGGUCACUGUGGUGGAUGUGGAGGAGGAGCUGACCGCCAGACUCUUCGACCGGGAGGAGUAUCAGGUCGUGGUGAUGGAGAACAACGACACGCCGCUGCUGCUGCUGGACCUCAACGUGACGGACGCCUCGCUCCGUAACCCGCGCUUCACGCUGGUGGCGGCGGAGGAGCCCGGCGUGGCGGCGGUGGACGUGGCCUCCGGCAGAGUGUUCCUGGUGGCCAGCCUCGACAGGGAGACCAAGGACAGGUACCACUUAAAGAUAAGAGCAGAGCCGUCGCCCCUCGGAGCACCGCCCAUCAAGCUGCCGGAGUACACCAUCACCUCCUCCGGCACCUCCAUCAUCCGCGCCUCCCGGCCCCUCCCGCUGAAGCAUGGGGAGGGCGGGGAGGGAGGGGGCCCGUCACUGCUCUUACUCAACUCCAGCGACAACGAGGAGGACCUGAAGGCGCUGGUGAGGGUGUCCGCCGAUGUUGUGCCUCUGGGUAGCUAUCUGUCGCCCGUUGUGUCCUCCAGCGUCAGACCGCCCGUACGUGUGUUGCAAAUUCCUGACCAUACCCACAGCAGGCCCGCGGAGGAACUAGGUCUGGACGAGGUGUGGGUGACGGUGGUGGUGGACGACCAGAACGACAACUCGCCCAUGUUCACCCCGCACGGACGCCCCAUCGUGGCCGCCGUCCCCGCCACCGCCACCUACGGGCAGUUCGUCACGCGCAUCGUUACCCAUGACCCGGACCUCGGCCUCAACGGGAAGGUCCGCUACGAGAUCCUGCCGGGGGAGGGGGCGAGGGAGGCGCUCACCAAGUUCACCGUGGACCCCGCCACCGGCCAGGUGGUGGUGGUGGGCACGCUCGCCGAGGACGCGGGGCGGAUGUUUGGCCUGGACGUGCGCGCCACCGACAGGGAUGGAGACGCCGCCGGCCGCUCUGCCAUCGCCAACGUGUUUGUCCACGUGCUGGGUCCCGGUGGCCAUCUGGUGGUGGAGUUAGCGGCUGCUCCUCGGGCGGUGGAGCCUCACAUCGACGACUUGCAAGGGAUGAUGACUAACCUGACGGGGCUGGAGGUUCGGGUGCAGAGGAUUGCCGCGCACGUAGAGGGGGACGCGGCCCACACCGGAGCGACGGACGUGUACGUGUACGCGGUGGACCCCGUGAGCCAGACGGUGGUGGAGGGCGCGGCGCUGCGGCGGGCCCUCAGGCGGCGUCGCGGCAUGCUGGACGCCAUGCUGCCCGCGGACCUACACCUCAAGGGGCUCCGGCUGCCGCUCCCCCCCCGGCCCGGCCACGUACUGCAGACCGCGGAGGUGGCCAUCCUGGCGGGCGCGGUGGUGGUGUUCCUACUGACGGUGGCCGCCAUCGCCUGCCUCUGCUACAAGCAACGCAAAAGGCGUCGCAAGCCCAUGCCACUUCCGCCUCUGGUGACCACCGGGGGCAUGCCGGUGAUGCCCAUGGCCUACCCGGGGCCCUUCGCCGCGCCCUACACCCACAUGAGUGACCAUAGCAGUGCGGACUCCACGGAGGCCCAAGAGGGGACCCACGACCACGCCCACUACCCAGCCGACCACGCCCAUUACCCCCAAGAGGCGGCGCGCUACCCCCCCGACCACGCCCACCGGCCCCGUCCUAUCAUCAGGCAGUCCCGCUGUGCCCACUCUUGCGUGUCCGACAUUGAGCACACGUGUGGCAGUGAGAGGUUUUCUGUCCACACUGACGACGACGAGUCGGCCUCCAUGUGUGCCCGUCACAUGACGUCCCGAAAGAGGCGACGCGGCGGCGAGGGCGCGUCCAGGGUUGGGGGCCGCAUCCCGAGGAGCCUUCCAGCUCAGACCUGGACGAGCGGGACCACGCGCCGCCUACUCAGCGUGCCAGGCCAGCCCAGGUGUUGUGCGCGGGACAGGUAUCAACGUAGCGGAAGGAACACUCGAGGCCUGCCCACCGUUGACUGCUCGGCCGCCUCCUCCACCAGAACACACUCCCCGGACAGCUUGGAGCAACACCCCCACCAGCAGAGUCGCGGCGGCGCCAUCCACACCAUCCCACGCACCCAUCUGAGGCGGGAGUGGGCGGGGGAGGCGUCGGGGGCGGGGGGGACCUCGGCGGACCCAAACCCAGUGACGUGA